AUGCCAACAUACGACGAAAUCCGCUCCGCAACUGAGAGCGUUGAUAGUGGCGGCGGACGAUGGGAUACAGAACGCUUCGCACGUGAACGCGACGAGCGCAUUCACCGUGGUCCCGCGCCGCAGCCGCCUCCAUUCAGAGAAAGAGAACGAGACCGCUCUCGAUCACGAUCACGACCACCACCUCCUCCGCCGCCCGAAUUCGAAAGAUCAGACCGUCGUCGGCGGGGCAGUAACCGAUUCGAGGACCGCUUUGAACGGCGCUUCGUCGAAGAAGAUCGAUAUGGACCACCGGGUCGUCGUAGAGACCGGUUUGUCGAAGAAGAUGAUUACUAUGCUACACGUGGAUCAGGUCCGUUGGUGCAUCGUCGAGAGCCGUCGCCGCCGCCAUUUCGUCCCCCGAGAUUGGUGAGACGGCAAUCUUCGCUUGAUACUUUUGAUAGAAUACCAGCACGAAAGGCUGAGAGGGCGCCCCCGAUCAGAGGAGUACGCCCACAUAGACGAUCGUCACCGCCUCGUUUUGUUGAACGCGACGAGCUGUACGAGGAGAUUGAUAUUGCGGAGCCUGACGAGUACGGCGACGAGGAGUUUCGGCAUUUCCGCGAACGGGAGAUGCGCCGCCCCGUGAGAGAGGAGAUUGUCAAGGAAAGGAUUAUUGAAAAGGAAAAACCGUACCCGAGAAAGGGCAAGACGAAGAUGCCCAGGCGUUUGGUGGAUCGUCGCGCGGUGCAAGAGCUUGGCUAUCCAUAUAUCGAGGAGGAGCGAGUCAUCAUCAUUCAGAAAGCUCUUUCUAAAGAGCUGAUUGAUGAGAUCGUGACCCUGAGCAAAGAAAUAAGGCGCCGUUCUGAAACCGUGGUCUACCGAAAGUAUAGAUCGCCAUCACCUCCAGUGCGCGAACGAGAACUAGUCGAACGGGUUGUCAUCGCUACACCAUCGCCUAGGCGAUCUGGACGUCUAGUUGUUGAACAAUCCCCAUCGCCAAUCCGUGCUGAACGCUUUGUUGUAGAGCAAUCUCCGGCACGUACCGAACGUCUAAUUGUGGAACACUCUCCAGCACGCACAGAGCACUUGAUCGUCGAACGCUCACCGUCUCCUCUCCGUUACCGCAGCCCUUCGCGGGUCCGUUCCGGCCGUUAUCUCGACCGCCCUGAUAUCAUUGAGUCUCGGCCUCGCUCGGUAUCCGUCAACUUUCCCCAGCGUGCUUCUGAUACGAUCAUCGUUGAGCGUCGCGGAGAAGAUUCAGGACAGGUCGUUCUAGUUGAGCGGCCGCGUCGUGAACUUGACGUCAGCGAAGAGAUUCGUAUGCUCGAGGAAGAGCGGCGAAUGCUCCAAAUCGAACGUCGUCCUGAACAUGUUGGCUCGGUGGAUAUUAUCAAGGACAAGGUUAUCCGUCGGAGCGAUGGCGAGACGGAUGAAAUCAUUGAAGUGAAGAAGGAUAGAAAGGCCCCCGAUUCACGUAUUAUUCGUGCGAUGAUGGCGACUUUGACGUGA